AUGGCAAAGCGUUAUCAGGGAGUUCGAGCUGGACAAAUAUUAAACAUACUUAGAGGACUUGCGGAGAAAACGCAGCUUCAAAAAUCUUCUUCUAACUCAUAUAUACCUGAGCAAUUGUUACCUGAAAAGAAAACAAAAGCCUCUACGAAUGAUUGCCUAAGACCAAAGAAGAGAUGUAAAAUUACUAAAUCGUAUUCACUUUCAAACAUACCAAAGAGUAACCAUUUAAUGAUACAACGACGUUGUUCUUCAGUUCCACCUACAAUUACAGUACAUUAUCGAAAACAAAAUGGUUUUGAUAUUUAUAGUGAUAUUUGUUCUGUUGAUAGAGGACGUAGUGUAUCGAUGUCGGCUCUCACAUGCGAUGAUACCAAAGAAUCCGGUAGGAAAAGAUGUUCCUCAGUUCCACCUUCAUAUUUCAGUAAUAAUGAAAAUACUGCGUUUAUAGAACCUGAACCUUUUAACCUAAUAGACGAAACUAGCUCCUACGAUGGUGACUAUUCGGGCGAUGACACUGACGUAACUUAUUGUCCCUCAGACACUGAUCAAGCUUCGAGCAAUUCUAGUUCGCAGUUACUUUUAGAUGAACCGUCCACAUCAUCGGGUAUCUACCACGGUAAUACGAACGAAGGAAGAAAACGCCAAAUUAAAGGCGAUUCAAAUAAUUGGAGGAAAAUAAAAAAUAAGAAGCUUCGUAUGUUAGGACAGGAAUAUCUGGGAUACUCAAAGCCAAAAAAUGGUAAACUCAAACAGGACAGAGUAAGAACUGCUAGACAAUUAGGCGAUAGAUGCUAUUCGCAGUUUUGCAGAAAGAGUAAAGUGCGAAAUUGCGAAAAAUUUGAUCAUGAAAGGCGUUAUGAGAUACACAAUAGUUUCUGGAAAAAUAUGAAUUGGGACCAGCGCAAAGUGUAUGUAACCGGACUUGUAACCCGUUUGCAGAACCACAUUUUUGAAUGUCUUGGUUCGUACACCGUGCAAUCUUGGGUUAAAAAGUCGCGUAAUAGAGUAAUUCCUUGUCAAGAAGUUCAAAACCUGGCCAGGGUUAAAACGCCACGAUCUGGAACUCUGCGAAAAAUUCUAACCGCACAUAGCUUUUUAGAUAACAUUCCUAAGCUACCGUCUCACUAUGCGAGAAAAGACUCGUCAAAAUUAUAUUUAGAACCAAUUUACCGUUCUCUGAAUGAUUUAUAUAGACAAUAUAAAGAACACUGUACUCAAAACGAAGAGCCUGUGCUUUCUCGUUUCACAUUCCAGAAACUCUUUCACGAUAAAAAUCUAUCUUUAUACACGUUGAAAAAGGACAUGUGCGACAUUUGCAGUGGACAUGCAGUAGGAAACAUUAAUACAGCCGAUUAUGAACAACAUAUUAGACGCAAAAAUAGAGCUAGGCAAGAGAAAGAAACCGAUAAAAAGAAAGCUACAUCUGGUGAAUUCAUUUUGCUGUCUAUGGAUUUAGAGUCCGUCAAAGUAUGUCCUUAUCUAACUGCUAGUGCCCUUUACUUUAAGACAAAACUUACCUGUCAUAAUUUUACAAUUUAUGACCUGGUUACCCAUCAAGCCUCCUGUUAUUGGUUUGAUGAAACGUGCGCAGAUCUAACUGCUAGCACUUUUACAUCUUUUGUAUGCGAUUACCUAGAGAGAUAUUGUUUGCCCAAACGAUUACCCAUAGUUAUUUACUCAGAUGGAUGCACCUAUCAAAAUAGGAAUAAUAUCAUGGCAAAUGCUUUGUUAAACAUGAGUAUUGAACACGAAGUAUCUAUCACACAGAAGUACUUAGAGCCUGGUCAUACUCAAAUGGAGUGUGACUCAACACAUGCUGCAAUUGAAAGAAAGUUGAAAAAUAGGGAGAUACAUCUUCCCAGUGACUAUAUUACUGUGACGAAGGAGGCACGAAUAAACCCUGCUCCUUAUGAAGCUAUUAUGAUCUAUUAUGAUUUUGUUAAGGAUUAUAGCAAUAAAUCGACGUGGAGGUACAGUAGCAUAAGACCGGGUCGAAAAGCUGGAGACCCUCUUGUUGUUGAUCUGCGAGUCAUCCAGUAUAGACCAGAAGGCACUAUUUUCUUCAAAAUUAACUUUGAUGAUGAUUGGUCAGAACUACCUGUAAGACCGAGAAAACUAAAUUCAAUACAGUAUACACCUUUGCAUGCCGCACCAAUUCCUAUAGCUUCUUCUAAAUUCAACCAUCUUCAACAGUUAAAAGAAGUAUUACCAAGAGAUUGCCACUUGUUCUAUGAUACUUUACCUCAUGAGUGA